AUGAAAUCAUCGAUUCUUAGUAAUCAAUACACAAUAAGGUUCCUUGGUUGUUGCAGCCGAAUAGGAGUUUACAAAAACAUUGAUAAAUAUUUUCCGAUUCAAAUUAGCAAUACAGUGUUUUUACUUGGUUUUCGGACGAUUUCCAAAAAUUUUCGAACCAUUUUUGGACAUUUUUCAGACGAAGUCAUUUUCAUUUUUGGAAAAAGUCUUCUUUAUUUCGGACGCAGUAGUAACCUUUGUGAAGCAUUCCCAGGUCUUGAAAUAUCUAUUAGUGGACUGUAUAAGCAUAUCAGAGAAAAAUGUGCUUUAUCAUUGAAGCAAGCAUCAAAAUAUACUGCAGAAAGAGAUGCUCCAAGAACUUUACAGCUUCGUUUUGAUAUUAUUACUCAGUGGAAAGCAGCAGGUGUGAAUUAUCGCGAGACGUCGAUGGCACGAACCAGCAAGGCAUCAAAGCGUUUGGAAUUGAGUAAUUUUCAAGGAUUUGUUUCUCAUUCUCAUAAAUAUCCAGACAGCUGUUGUAAUGGAGAGCUAAUUCAGGUUCUUUAAAAACUUUUUGGGCCUGCGUUCCAACUGCGUUCCUUCACACUGAUUUUUUUUUUUUUUUUUUUUUUUUUUGGCUUGAGUGAACCUUGGUGAGGAAGUGUAAUAAAAAU